UGUUUGAAGUUUAAAGUUUAAUUUAUAUCUGAUAAACAGUUUGAACAAUCAUAAGAUUACAUACAUGAACCCGUUUGAUAAUUUACAUGUAUUAUCUUUGCAUGGGAAGAAAAUAUUCAUUUUCGAUUUUCGAUUGAAAAUCAUUUUUAAAUCGUUUAUCACGCCUGUGAAUGGUUGAAAGGACAUUUUAUGAGUUUCAGAAUCUAGAAGUAUUUACACUAUGGCGACUUCAUCAACAUAUGGUGACGAUAUUGAUACUGAUACGGUGCAUUUCAAAUGUUCAGAAUCGGUGAUCACGUGUCAAAUUUGUAUGGAUAUAUUUGAAAGUCCAAGAAUUCUACCAUGUCAGCACACAUUUUGUAAGAAAUGCGUCGUUUCCUUGGUAACUAAACAUUGUUUAGAUGAUGUCGGUAACACAAGUAAAGCCUCGUUUCCAUGCCCGAACUGUCGACGGGAUUGUAAAAUACGCCAAAAAGGAAAGCACAGUAUAGAAGAGCAUCUCAAAUGUUUCCCCGAAAGCCUAUUGCUUAACACUGUUCUUGAUUCGAUAGAGGAAAAACCAAGAAGCCAUUCUGAUGAAUCUGUUACAGAUUCAGAACAUGAAAAAUGUACAAAUUCUAAUGACAAAAAUUUACAAUGUGAUGCAAAAGAGAUCCAGAGACUUUCCUUUGUUACUAUUCUUUUUUAUCUAAGGCUUCUUGAUUUUAUACGUGAUGUGCAUGUUUCCUAUUCAAAUUCACUUAACUCGGUUACCAAGACAACUUACGUUUAUUUACUGAGAGAUUUAAUAAGAAUUCCUUCGCUACCGAACACCAUAGAUAUACGACAGCACCCUGUUUUUUAUCUUCAUGAUAUCCAAAACAAUGGUACCAAAGAAGCGGCAAUGAUUGAAAAGGAGAUAAUGCCAUAUAUCAGUUAUCUUGGAUUAUAUGAAGACGACAUAUAUGAGAUUAUGAAUAAGGACGCUCAAACACAAACAGAUGAUGAAUAUGUUAAUUUUCUUUUUCUUAGUACACUGGUAUUCAAAUUUUUACUCCUAAAAUCUUCCUCUUUGGUUGCAUGGUUAUUCCUGUUUCUGUUUAGAAACGCUAAUGGAAAGUCGUUUGACUUUAGCUUGCAUUACUCUUUACGCUUAAGAAAAAUUAGAUACUGGCGUCUAUUUUACAAAGUAUUUGAUAUUUCAACUAUGUUAUAUGCAUCUGAACAGUCAUUUUUGUGGCCCUUUUCCUUGGUAAUUGUGUGCUAUAUACUCCUUUUGGCAUUCUUUAAAAGGAUAAAGAAUUUAGUUUCAGGUGGUGUCAACAUAGGGAACACGUUGCCGUUUUUCCCCAUAUUUUUGAUUAGUUUAAACUUUUUCUCAAAUAUUGUAAGAUGUUACCUUUAUACAAGUUGUAUUGUCUAUUCUUACUAUUGGAUUUUUGGCAAACUUUUACUUUUCGAGUUCUUACAUGGCAUUAUUCAAAUCAUUGUCAUUAUUAUCUUCUUUUUAUGUGGUAAAAUGCAUUACAAAUAUGGGCCCUUUGUACACGAAUCAGACAUGUUAUAGAAAAUAAAAACACGUUUUUCUUUCAUUGACGCAUGUUGUAUUAAAACACCAUAAUAAAUUUAAAGAAUGAUUUGGCUUUGUAGUUGUUUCAGUAAUACCUAGACUAGAGGUCGAAAAGAUCACGCUAAUUUUUUUACACUUCGUGAGAAGUUUAAGUCAUUCUAUAUUUUAUCACCUUACGAGAAUGAUUCAAUGCUUUAACUUUGUAGUGUUUAUUUGCUAUAUACAUAUAUUCAAAUUGUACUUUUGACAUUCUAUAUUAGCGAACGAUGUUUUCAUGCGUUAGAGGUUUAAAGUUUAUUUUAUAUCUGAUAAACAGUUUGAAAAAUAAAAAAGGUCAUACAUAUACCUGUUUCCAAACAUUUUGGAUUCCCUUUAAUUACAUGUGCUAAAUAAAACUUGAGGUAGGAUAAAAUGCUUCGAUACUUUAGUUUUAUUAUUAUCUAUUUUUUAAGAAACAUUGUGAUUCAAUUCUAAUAUCAUUUAAUAGUGUAAGUUUUUAUCAAAAGUUGGAAAUGGAUCGUUUGUUUGUUGUUUAAGUUUGUUUGUUAUUUUUUUGUUCGUUUUUUUUGUUAAACGGCACACUGACAACAUAUAACUUGCAAUAUAGCACCGAUCAUUAUAACUUUUAAGCCAAAUGUGGUAGUACACGCUUAAAAAUGAUUUAGUUAAAUUGUAAUUCCGUUAAGUUAUUGAUCAGAGUUUUGGAUGGAACUGAGGCUAAAAGUUCUAUAAGUAAAUUUACUCAAAGUGGUAUAAUUUGAUAUUGAAAUAUUCAUUGCAAGACGUACAAAAUGUAGCACCGUCUCCUGUUGAAAGGUGGGAAUGUUAAGUGUGUUCAAUUCGAAAUAUGUAAGGCGAACUACUUGAUUAUUACAGUUUGGAAGUAAUAAAGAUUAUAAAACACCAAGACAUGAAUUUAUAACGAGACGCUUUGUUCUAAUUUGUAGUACAGUGCAGUACAAUGCCGUGUAAUGCAGUGCAGGGCAGUGUAGUAUAGUGUAGUGUAGUGCAGCAAAGCGCAGUACAGUUCAGUGUGGUGCAGUGCAAUGCAGUGAAGUGUUUAUGUAGCCAGUAACACUGGAUGGGGUCAGUUUGACUUGUAAUCAUGCCAGGUAAUAACAAAUAUAAUGUAAAGCAACACAUUCAAGUGCAUGGGAAAAGGUACAUAGUACGGUUGGACAGGACAUAAUGAUUGUGUUUACAAUGUGUUAGUGUUCAAUGGACACAUUUACAUGAUUCUGAUCGUUGCAUGACUUUAGAUAUAUAUAUAGAUGGAAGUUGUAAAAACGUCAUGUUAAUACGUCAUAAUGCUUAUCUUGUGGUAUAUUUACUAAAAAUGUAUAAUGAUAAUGUAAUGAAUAAAUUGUUUU